GCGAGGAGUUCCUAACUAGGUUGUCAUCUAGAACGACAAUGUUCGAAUUAUCAAAAAUAGUUCACAUUCUCAAUCAUUUGUCAGUCCCUUCAUCCAUCACAAAAUGAACGUCAAAUCUAAGUGACUCAUCCACUGCUCCAAAAAACCAACGUUCCUCUAUGAAAGAUCCAUGCCAGUAACACCAAAAAUUCCCGUAACAUUUUCAUGAUUCCUCUCAAAAAUAUAAUACAAAAGAUUGUACCGGCAUCGGCAGCUUCAACGAAAAAAUCCCUCCAAUUAUUCUACAGAUGCCUGCAAAGACUCCACCAUACCCAAGCUUUCAAGAUUUCUCUUGGCGUGGUUCCUAUUCCGCUUGCCAUCACCCCAGCACCACCACAACCUCCCUCCUACAGCAGCGAAGUAACGAGAUAUGACGUCGAAGAAAACAUUGCCCACCUGAUGACCCUAGCGAGAGUGUCUCUCGAAAAAGGAGAAGUGGAAAGGGCCGAGGCGAUUUUGGAGAUGGGUAUCAAGAUCUGUGAAGAGUACCAAUCCUACAUGGUCAUGCCUUACAUGUACGACAUAUUGGCCUCCAUCGCUUUCGCUACUGGAAAUCUUGCAAAAGCUGAAGUUUUGUUAGUCCAGAUAAUAGAGAAAAUGGUUCAUUUAGGAACACCAGAAGAUGACAGUCAAAUCAUUGAUUUCCAACUACGGUUAUCCAGAAUUUACAGUGCCUACAAUAGAGAUUUACUAGCCGACAUCGGUUUCAAGAAUUGUCUCAAACACCAGGAAUACAAAAUUGAAGAUGGGGAUACAACAACCAAAACGGGAAUGCUGUAUGUGAAUUGUCUCUUUUGGUACGGACUCCACAAAAUCAAGUGUGAUGACCACAAAUCAGCAAAAAAUCUCAUCGAUUCGGCAUACAGCUUCUCCAUGAAAAUCAAAGGCUUGAGUCCAUAUCAAGAAAUGAUAAUUCUGUCCACGCUAGGUGAACUGAACACACAACUCGGCGUGUACGACAUAGCACUCCAAAAUAUACACAGUGCAAUACUUUUAGGAAGAGGUAUUGGGAGUCUGGAACUGCCUAGAUUCUAUUUGAAACUUGGUGAACUUUACAUGAAAUUGGGAUCACGCAGUACUGCUGAGCAGUGGUUGAAAGAAGCAUCGAACCUUGCUGAGCUGUUUAAUGAUAAAGACGUUGUAUUUGAAGCUCAACUAAUACUCAAUGAAGUUGUGAAUAAAAAAGAUUAAAGAUUUGUCGAAGAGUUAUAAGGCAAUAUGUUUCAAUCAACCCUAGCUUAUUAUAAAAUUUUAAUGAAUUUAUAGUCAAUGCAUUGUCAAUAAUAGUUAUCUAGCUCAGUUCUUUAUUAUGAAGAAUUGAAAAUAAAAACACUUUCCACAACUGUUUCCUAAUAAAUAUUUAUUCGCAAAAUUCAUUGAAAUCUACCACA